ACACAUACGCACACGUACAUACUCACACGAACUACUUUGUAAAAGAUUAUCAAAUGGGCGAGUCAUAUCCAAAUACAUGUACAGCGAACACUCACCGUUGGCCCAGCUGGGCUAUGACCGCCCUGGUGCACAAUUUCCCUCAACACCGGUUUUGAAUUCAAAGCUGACUGCCUCAGCUGUGAUGGCGACCACUCAGAAGUUAACAGAACACUUCCUGACAUGUACAAUAUGUACAGAGGUGUUUGACAAUCCAUGCACACUUGUGUGUUAUCACACCUUCUGUCGGAAAUGUGUCGUCAGCUUCACCAAAACCAGACCAGAAGCCACCAGUGCCAAGUCUCUCCUGUGUCCAUUCUGCAGCAAGAUGACGAAAGUGUCUUCCCCUGAGAAGCCAGUGGAGGAGUGGGCGGAUGACAUCAAGCCUAUGUUUGUCAUCCAGGGACUCCUGGACUCAUUCGGCCCUGGAUCUAAAGAUACGACCUACUGCCGUUAUUGUAAGGAGGAAGGGGAGACAACUCCUGCUAUCUCUUGGUGUUCUGUUUGUGACGACGCCCUCUGUGAACGCUGCUUGCGGAUGCACAAUAGAAACCCAUCCUCACGUCAUCAUGACGUAGUUGACAUGUCUGGAGAGGUCAAGGUCAGAAGAAGGCGAAGGGUUAUGUGUAAGGACCACAAAGAUGAAGACAGUAAACUGAUGUGCAAAGACUGCAAGAAAGCAGUUUGUCAAACAUGUUGUAUUAUUUAUCACAGAAAUUGUAAAUGCGUUGUUGAAAUUGAAAAGGAAAUACCUUCAAUGAAAUCAGAGUUGACCAGGAAUAAAAACAACUUGAUGAAGAAAUAUGAUGAGAUAAAAGCUCUCGUUGACAAACAGAAAACAAGAUCCAAAGAAGAAUCAACGCGUUAUUUGCAAAUGGAAUCAGACAUCAAGGCUACCACUAAGAAAGCAAUUGAUAUGAUCAAACGCAAGGAAAGAAUACUUCUUGAUGAACUGAAAGAAAUGUCAGACAAACACAUGAGGCAAUUGAAAGCAGACAUAAAGUCAGGAGAGUUGUCAGUACAGAUGUACCAACAACAGGCGGAGCUGAUAGACCAGACUCUACAGUUUGAGUGUGACAUGGAUGUGUAUGAGAUGUAUCAGGGAUGCGAGGCCGGUGAUGUGGAUGCUGACAGGAAUGCAGACCUGAGAGAGAAGGGGAGAAUAGCCAGGAUCAUGUUCAGACAGGACACGGAUCAGCUGAGUAGAGCACUGGACGAUCUACAGCUGGGCGAGAUAGACGUCCUGUAUGAGGGUGUGCUGGACCUGAAGGCGACUCCUGUGUUACAGGACAUUAACGUGCUGAACCUGAACGUCAGAGUAGCAGGAGACGGAAAAGCAGCAGAUGCUACUGAUGUCACAGUACUUGUUGUGAAUGGUACAGAUACAGUUGUAGUCACAGACUAUAACAACACAAAUGUGAAGUCCUUCUACACCAGGAAUAACAAGGUUUCCCACAGUAAGCUUAGUCUGAGCAGCGGACCUUACGGUGUGACAAAAGUGAAACACAACCAGGUGGCUGUCACUGUGCCUUAUACCAGCCAGAUUGUUACAGUUGAAGUCAACCCUGACCUGGUGCUGCUGUCAACCAUCACAACCAGGAAACAGUACAUCGGUAUAACGUCUCUGACGUCAUCAACACUAGCAGCAGGGUCCCAGUCUCCUCCCUGUGUUGAUAUCCUGGAUAUGUCGGGACACGUGCUGAGGUCAAUCAGUCCACUCCACAGUGGUGACAACAUGUUACAUUACCCAAGCUUCCUCUGUACUACGAGGAAAGGAGACAUCCUUGUGUCUGACUGGGGAUCCAGGUGUGUUGUUUGUCUGACCCCCGGGGGAGAUGUGGUGUUCACCUACAGCCCUACAGGAGACACAGCACUGACGUUACCACGUGGUAUCACAAGUACCAGCACAGAUGACAUCCUGGUGACAGAUUUCUACCAGCACAGAGUCAUCCAUCUGACUGAGUCGGGGGAGUUUGUGAGAAACAUACUGACAUCAACGGACGGUAUUCAGUGUCCCAUAGCUGGGAUGGCGACCUCUCAGAAGUUAACAGAACACUUCCUGACAUGUACAAUAUGUACAGAGGUGUUUGACAAGCCAUGCACACUUGUUUGUAAUCACACCUUCUGUCGGAAAUGUGUCGUCAGCUUCACCAAAACCAGACCAGAAGCCACCAGUGCCAAGUCUCUCCUGUGUCCAUUCUGCAGCAAGAUGACGACAGUGUCUGACCCUGAGAAGCCAGUGGAGGAGUGGGCAGAUGACAUCAAGCCUAUGUUUGUCAUCCAGGGACUCCUGGACUCAUUCGGCCCUGGAUCUAAAGAUACAACCUACUGCUGUUAUUGUAAGGAGGAAGGGGAGACAACUCCUGCUACCUAUUGGUGUUCUGUUUGUGACGACGCCCUCUGUGAACGAUGCUUGCGGAUGCACAAUCGACACCCAUCCUCACGUCACCAUGACGUAGUUGACAUGUCUGGAGAGGUCAAGGUCAGAAGAAGGCGACGAGUUAUGUGUAAGGAACACAAAGAUGAAGACAUAAAACUGAUGUGCAAAGACUGCAAGAAAGCAGUUUGUCAAACAUGUUGUAUUAUUUAUCACAGAAAUUGUAAAUGCGUUGUUGAAAUUGAAAAGGAAAUACCUUCAAUGAAAUCAGAACUGACCAUGAAUAAAAACAACUUGAUGAAGAAAUAUGAUGAGAUAGAAGCUCUCGUUGACAAACAGAAAACAAGAUCCAAAGAAGAAGCAACGCGUUAUUUGCAAAUGGAAUCAGGCGUCAAGUCUACCACAAAGAAAGCAAUUGAUAUGAUCAAACGCAAGGAAAGAAAACUUCUUGAUGAACUGAAAGAAAUGUCAGACAAUUACAUGGGGCAAUUAAAAGCAGACAUAAAGUCAGGAGAGUUGUCAGUACAGAUGUACCAACAACAGGCGGAGCUGAUAGACCAGACUCUACAAUCUGAGUGUGACAUGGAUGUGUAUGAGAUGUAUCAGGGAUGUGAGGCCGGUGAUGUGGAUGCUGUCGGGAAUGCAGACCUGAGAGUGAAGGGGAGAAUAGCCAGCAUCAUGUUCAGACAGGACACGGACAAGCUGAGUAGAGCACUGGACGAUCUACAGCUGGGUGAGAUAUACGUCCUGUGUGAAGGUGCACUGAACCUGAGGGCGACUCCUGUGUUACAAGACACAAUUAACGUCAGAGUAGCAGGAGACGGAAAAGCAGUAGAUGCUACUGAUGUUACAGUACUUGUUGUGAAUGGUACAGAUACAGUUGUAGUCUCAGACUUCAACAACACAAAUGUGAAGUCCUUCUACACCAGGAAUAACAAGGUUUCCCACAGUAAGCUUAGUCUGAACAGCGGACCUUACGGUGUGACAAAAGUGAAACACUACCAGGUGGCUGUCACUGUGCCAGAUAGCUUCCAGAUUGUAACAGUUGAAGUCAACCCUGACCUGGUGCUGCUGUCAACCAUCUCAACAAACAAACAGUACAUCGGUAUAACGUCUCUGACGUCAUCAACACUAGCAGCAGGUUCCCUCUCUCCUCCUUGUGUUGAUAUCCUGGAUAUGUCGGGACACGUGCUGAGUUCAAUCAGCCCACUCCACAAUGCCAACAACAUAUUACAGUGCCCCAACUUCCUCUGUCCUACGAGGAAAGGAGAGAUCCUUGUGACUGACUGUGAAUCCAAGUGUGUUGUUUGUCUGACCCCCGGGGGAGAUGUGGUGUUCACCUACAGCCCUCCAGGAGACACAACACUGACGUUUCCAUGUGGUAUCACAAGUACCAGCACAGGUGACAUCCUGGUGACAGACAACUCUCGAGAUAGAAUCAUCCAUCUGACUGAGUCGGGGGAGUUUGUGAGAAACAUACUGACAUCACAGGACGGUAUUCAGGAUCCCUGGGGUGUUUGUCUAGAUGGGCGUGGUUGUAUGUAUGUGUGCUCGUCACGUGUGGUUAACGCGUUUUCACUGCACUAAUUAUAGGCUGACUGGACCGAAAAAUAUUGCUUUAAAUUAACUACAUGUAUUUGUACAGGGUUGAAUUUGAAAUUUGAGUAUUGCGCCACAACAAUUGUUUAUAUGUAACUAAUGUUAUAUUUGGGAUAACACUUUCUUAGUAAAGUACAGACACUUUUUUGGGUUGAGUCCCGUGCGGGAUU